UAUGAAUUUGAUUUACAGAGAUAUGCACUUUUACGGAUGACAAAUUGAACAGGACAAUGGAUGCAGACAAAAAUGAGAAUGUUUCAAAGGAAAAAAGGAGAGGAUCAGUGUCUUUUACUACAAAUAAAGAAAUGUUUUCCAAGACAACUAUUGAUGUCAAUUCGCCUCACCACCAUCCAGAAGGACCCCUUGGCAAGUACCUCUCCUGCAGAUGGGUCGUGACAUACAUGUGUACUCUGGUGUUUGUGGUCGUGCCAAUGCUACAGAACUGUUUAUCGAUGGUCCUUGUCUGUAUGGAGUCGAACUACAAAGAAGCAACAAAUAUCUUAAAGCACAACCAAUCGAACACCAACAAUAUGACAGCGCCCGAGGAACAGAGUAUAUGGAACAUUAGACUUGAGGGUGACGUCAGAAGUCAGGUUCUAUCGGCGGAGUUUUACGCUUUACCGUUUACACCUCUGAUUGGUGGAUACUUAUCUGGAAGAUUUAGCGCCAAAAAGGUCGUGAUGGUUAUACUGCUCCUAAUGGCCGCCUCUUCAUCUGCCACGCCAAUAGUAUUAACCAUUAAUCCCUACAUAGGAAUCGGGCUUAGAUGCAUGGUUGGCCUUUCUUUUGGUGGAUUACAAGCUAGCCUCACAGAAUUGUUGUCAAAGUGGGCCCCACUGAAGGAACGAGCGCAAAUUGUCUCUACUGCCGUGGCAGGAUUAUUUCUAAGCUUCAUAUUGAAUUAUUCGACUUCUGGUUUUAUCUGCACCAUCCCAGUACAAAAUGGAUGGCCGCUAAUCAUGUACAUCUUUAGUGCAUCUAACCUUUUGAUGAUAAUCCCCUGGUUUUUCUUGGUCUAUGAUAGUCCAUACGAACACCCUCGUAUCUCACCAUCAGAAAUAGAAAUAAUUCGACAUCGAAGACGUGACAGUACAGUAGCUAAAAUGCCACAUCCACCAUGGUUCGACAUUCUCAGAUCGGGACCUUUCUGGGGAAUACUUGUCUGUCAACUCGGCUACGGGUUCCUCUCUACAACCACUGGUACUUUCGUACCUCUGUACCUGAAUGAUGUUCUGAAAUUCGAUGUCACUUCGAACGGUUUAUUGUCCUCCCUGCCCCCUAUUGCCCGCCUCUUUUCGUGUCUUGGGGGAGGCCAUGUCGCUGAUCUUCUCAUCGCUCGAGGAAUUCUCUCAACCACUGCUGUCAGAAAACUCUUCCUAACAACAGGUAACGUGUUGUCUGUUCCAUUCUUAAUUGGUCUAAGUUACAUGGACAGCUCCCAGGCGAGCUAUGCUGUCCUCCUGCUUGUCAUCUUCUGGUUUAUUCAGGCUCUCAAUACCAGCAGCCUCCGUGUCAAUGUGAUCGACAUAGCACCAAGGUUUGCUGGUGUGUUGACAGGCAUGUCAGUUACCGUUUUACAUAUAGCAGCCAUGUUGUCCCCCAUCGUUACCUUUGAGCUUACCAAAAACAGAACCCAGGAAGAAUGGCAAAUCGUGUUCUUCAUUUGCGCCAGUUUGUCUGUAUUCAGUGCUUUCAUGUUCCUCUUCCUCGGUAGUGGGGAUGAACAGUCUUGGGCAAAAGAUCCUUCAUUGGAAGAGGAAAUUACUGUUGGUGACCCAGUCAAACAGCCUUCGGAGUCAGAUAUGGAAUAUAAAAGCAAGAAUAAGAUAAAUGGACACGCGAUUGAAAAUCACGUUAAUGAAAGGGCGACUAUUGAGAUUGGCAUAGAUACGGAUCAGAAGAUGAUGCAUUGGAAUGGACAAGAUACGUCUAAAUUCGUUUCUCAAGGUGUGCAGGUAAACAAAGAAUACCUUGGAAUCGAUGAAAUAGUCAAAAAUCGGACGUUCCAGACUUCAAACAAUCUAGAAGAGUGUUCCUCUGGUGGGGUAAUCAACAUCGCUUUUGUUGGUGAGGAUGAUAAAACCGUCAGCCAAGAAAGUGAAAUUCAUCCGCCUGGAAUCGGAAUGUACUCAAAAGAAACGGUUGGGUUGCAAAAAAGAAUUAAAGAACCUUAUCAUGAUAAAUUCAAAAAUAGUCAUGAAAUAGCAAUUCCGAACGAAAGUGAAGUAACCAUGCUGUAAUGUUUUCAAUCACAUAGGUCUAAGAUAACUUGUUUGUAGAAAUAAAAUAAACCAUAAUCUACAGUAUGUC